AUGGUCAAAGCAACUCAUGAGGUCAUCAACUUUAACUACCUCUCAGCUCUGCGUCCCAUCUCGCAACAGUAUACGGAGAACGUUGAAAAAUCCACUGCCUGGUUUCUGAUGGCGCCGUCGGAUGAUCUCAAGGCCCAUGCGGCCUCAUCUCACGACUUUUACGCGUUGCUCGACAUCUCUCCCGCCGCUGCAGACACCGAGAUUCGUCGCGCAUACCGCAGGACCGCUCUAAAAUACCACCCGGAUAAACUGCAGGACCCCAAACCAGCCGACAUCGAAAAGUUCCAUUUACUUCAAAUUGCGUACGAUGUCUUGUCCGAUCCGUCUAUACGGCAGCUUUACGACAAUGCGCGGGAGGCGCGAGAGCGGAAGAAACGGGAAAAUGAGAUGCUGGAAGGUGUGAGGCGGAAGAUGAAGGAGGACUUGGAAGCUAGGGAGAGAGGAGUCAAAAGGCCGUUUGGUGCAACUGGUCUGGGGCGUCCCGUUGAUCUGGACGAUGCGGAGGCACAGCUAGAGGAGAAGAUCAGGAGAUUAGCGGAGGAUGGAAGGAGGAGGAGACAGCAGAAAGAGGAGCUGAUGAGGCGGGAGGUUUUGGAGGAAGAGGAACGGCGCGAGCAAGAGAGGGAAGAGCGUGAGCGUGCGGCGCUGAAAGAGAGGGAGGGCCAGUCGAGUGUCGGGGGCACGGCAGUUCCGGAAAUCGAGCGUGCGGUCAAGAUACGUUGGAUCCGAGAGGAGCAAGGGUUAGAUCUCGACAAGGAGCGUUUAGAAAAGAUGUUUUCAGCUUUUGGGAACGUCGAGAGUGUUAUAAUCCUCAAGGACAAGAAGAAGCGGGUUGGAGAGAGACGGGAAAAGAAGACCAUCGGCACUGGGAUCAUCGUCUUCUCAUCUAUCGUCGGCGCCCAUGCGGCCGUGGAAGACAGCAAGAAGCAACCUGGCAGCGACUGGGACACCGUUGAAUCUGUUUUCUGGGCUUCGAAUAAGGAGCCUGACCUGGAAUCCUAUCGAGCCCCGUCUUCCGCAUCGAAUCCCCAACCCGAGUCACCGUCCAAACCCCGUUCUGCUCCCAAACCAAGAUCCUUUAAUUUUCCCGGUUUAAAUACGCCCGCAGCUACUAUUGGCAGUGGCACAGGCAAAGCGCCAUCCUUCGCCUCGUUCUCUUCCGCAGCCAAUGUUUCUUCUACUACUAAAGCUAAUCUCGGGCCAAAUAGUCCAAGCUUCGAGGAGAUUACACUUAUGCGACUGAAAAAUGCGCAAAGGAAGCGUUUAGAAGAACAGUUGAAAAAGGAGGACGAGGAAGCUGCGGCGGUAGAGCCAGAGAACGAUAUACGCAAGUCUGUUAAACCGUCCGAUGAUAGGACGAUCACAGUCCCAAAGGACUACUUUACCGCUGAACUUCCUCCUCCAUUUGCUCAACCAUGUCUUUAG